CGGCCAGUAGAUUCUCGAUCAGAGAUCGGAAAAUGACGGCGUUUCCUCGAACGUCAUUCGGAGAAGAGCUCCGUGUCCGUGCGGAAAAUGACGCAAAUCAAUCAAAUCGAAAAACGAACGCGCGACCUUCCCGAUCGAAGUUGUUGUUUGAUUGACAACCGUUCAAUUUCGAGAUCGACAAUAAUCGCGCGAUAUUUCGCGUCAACUCUCUCGUUCCUCCGUUUUUCUCCUUCUGAUCGCGUUCCAGAGAGACCGUCGCUCGACGGUCGCUCGCCGGCGUUUGCGAACGGCGGGCGAACUUCCGAACGUGACCGCGCAUCGCCGGUUGUACUCGUGGGAUUUUAACGCCAAAGCAUGAAAAUAGAACCUUGAUAACGGCCGCGUGCGCGACUUCUGUUUAUCAAUAGAACCUAGAAUAGAACACGAGGCAGUAGCGCACGGUCACACAUUCGACGCUGAUAUAAUCGAGACGGGACUUCGCGCGGCGACUGACGAGUGUAAUUAAAUCGCUUGCUGCUUUGACGACGACGACGACGACGACGACGACGAACGCCGGUGGUGGUAUUUUGUUUUUUAAUUUCUGGCGCAGAAUUUUAAUUAACGUUAGGUUCACGUGAAAGACGAUCACGACGAGGUGAUCGUCGACGUGGGAUUGCAACGACAGACGAGUUGACGUCGUUCCAAAGUAGAAAAAUUCACCCAGGCGAGAAGUUUUGUUGUUGUCGAAGCGAAAUCUCCGAUUCUGCGGCGAGAUGGACUCCAGUUCGGUUGCCAAUCCGACCAAGAUACUCGCGCUGAUCGAGGAACUGAACGAUCUUCCGUACAAGGAGGUGCAACAACGGCUGAACAAAUAUAUACAGAAUGAGACAAGAGCAAAAUUGGUGUUUCUCGCAUUGCCGGAAUCGAAGGAAAUUCUCAUCCACGUAAUAGGUGAAGAAAUUCUAGACAAUGUGAUGAAGUUACCUAACACUAUUUUGUACAAGGAUGUGACGAGCGAUAAACCGUCGGUGUUUGGCAUCACGACGCUUGAUCAGGAGUUACUUAGAUACAUCAAUAGAAUAAUGGAAGCAAAACCGCGAUCCCUUUUGGUCAUCCCGAUACGACAUCCCCUCAAACCCAACACGACUUUGCUCGUGUGUCUGGUAGAUUAUACCGGCGAGAUCGACUCUAAUAAAAAAAUAGUUGAGGAAUGCUAUAGGUUCUGUCUUGGUUAUUUGCUCAGUUCGUUACGUUGUUAUGAGGAGGCACGUGUGAGGCAACAAUGUCUGGAUUUAUUAGACACAUCUGUGAAUCUUUGCGCACAUUUGUACGAAGAAGAUCUUUCCGUUCUUUUGCGCAAGAUUAUGGCGGAAGCGCGAAAAUUGACUAACGCGGAGGCGUUCUCCUUGUUUCUGUUGGAUUCAAAUAAACAAGAACUGGUCGCGGAGGUGUUCGACGGCUUUUCCUCGGAAGAAAACGGAAGCGAAGUGAGAAUUCCCAUUGGAAAGGAAAUAGCUGGUUACGUUACAAACACCGGCGAAAUACUCAACAUACGAGAUGCGUACAGCAGCGAACAUUUUUAUCGCGAAAUCGAUGAGGCACCGGGAUUCACGACUAGAAAUAUUCUGUGCUUUCCGAUACGAAACGAAAAGGGAAUUAUUGGAGUCGCUCAAGUACGCAAUAAGCAGAACGGCUUGUACUUUGACGUCUUCGACGAGCAGAUCGCGUCCGCAUUUAGUUUUUUUUGCGGCAUAUCGAUAAUGAAUAGCAUCAACUACAAGAAGUUGCAGAACACUCAAAAUCGAUUCAAACUCAGCAACGAGUUGAUGAUGUAUUACAUGAAGGUGAAUGACUCGGAUGUGGAAAUGUUGCUGAAUUGCCCGGACGGUCACAGUGUCGACGAUCUCAGCAACUUGCACUUUAAUCCUAGGAGCCUGCCGUCCGACCAUCUGCUUUGCUACACCAUCAAAAUGUUCACAGAUCUGGGCUUCUUCAACUACUGGGGAAUCGAAAAGUCCACGCUCGCGAGGUUUAUAUUGUACGUCAAGAAAGGUUACCGAGACACACUCUAUCACAAUUGGACGCACGCGUUCUGCGUGACGCACUUCGCGUAUCUGCUGUUGAAGAACGCGAGGCUCGUCGAGAACAAUUACAUGACGCCCUUAGAAGCUCUGGUGUUUUUCGUAUCGUGUCUGUGUCACGACAUAGACCACAGAGGUACUACCAACUCGUAUCAAACCAAUGCGUCAACUCUGGUAGGGGCUGUUUACAGUUCCGAAGGUUCCGUCAUGGAGAGACAUCACGUAGCUCUAACAAUGUGCAUUCUGAACACCGAGAACUGCAACAUAUUCGAAAGCCUGAGCCGCGACGAGUACAAAACAGCUCUGGAACUGUUGUCGAGCUACAUACUCGCCACCGACCUGGCCACCCAGAACAGAGAGGAGCAAAAGAAAAUGAUUAGUCAGUACAACAAGUAUGAUCCGAAGCAAAAGAAAACGUUGUUCGGAAUGUUGAUGAAUUGCUGCGAUCUCAGUGAUCACACGAAAGAUUGGAAGAGUUCGAAAAACGUAGCGGUAAAACAAGUAUACAGCGAGUUCUUCAGGCAAGGAGACCUGGAGAAAAGCAAGGGCUACGAGCCUAUCGUGAUGAUGGAUCGGGAACGCGCGUUCAUUCCCGAUCUCCAGACAAAAUUCAUUUGCGAGAUUGUCAUUCCUCUCUACACUAAUCUGUCAUUGUUGUUCCCGUCGACUUGGUCUCUGAUCGACGCGCUGGAACUUAAUCUUUCAUUAUGGGAAGUAGCCAAGUCUUUGGUUAAAAAGUACUCCGUAUCCGGAAAGAAAAGCUUAGAUAUAUUGCUCGAUCCCGAGUUCGACGACGAGGUACUUAAAAUGUACGCGAAUCGAAAUCUACCGUGAAUCAACCGUGUUAGACUUAAAAUCGUGGAUAGAACGAUCCACAGCAAAAGAAAUGGGAAACAGAACGUGAAUUACUAACAUGAAUAAGGAACUUAAAAAUGUAAUAAAAAUUCUCACAAUUCGACAGGCGCAUAUGGAAAAAUAUAUUGUUGCACUCGCAACCAGAGAUGCCAGAUUCUGAACACUUGGUAGCAUGCGGUAGC